CUCCCGCGCGCCCGCCCGGCGCUUAAUCCGCCUCUCCGCCCUUGACACGCGCGCCCAGGUGGCGCCAGGAGACGGAGCCGAGCGCGGCGCGCCGCGGAGAGCGAGCGAGAGAGGCUCCCCCGGUCCCCGGUUCCCGGUGGCAGCAUGAGCAGCAGCAGGGCACCGGGGGAGACGGUGGCGACGGCGGCCUCUUCCUCCUCUUGCUCUCCGCGUCCUCCUCGUCGCCCUGCUGCUCCGGAUGCCCCCGCAGCCCGCUCCUCCUGCGCCAGGCGGGGCGCCGCUGCGCGCAGCUGAUGGCGACGGCGGCGGGCCGGCUGUGAGCAGGGCGAUCGCGGGCAGGACUCGGCGGACUAGGCGGGCGGCAGCGGCAGCGGCAGCGGCGGCGGCGACCAUCCCUCGGCGGAGCCCUCGGAUGCGGGGAGACCCGUGCAGCCCGGAGCGAUGGGAGAGUGGACCAUUUUGGAAAGGCUGCUGGAGGCUGCGGUGCAACAGCAUUCCACCAUGAUAGGCAGGUGAGAGAGAGAGAGGGCGAGCCGCCAAGAGGACUAGCCGCUUGGCGAGACCGGCGGGGCAAGGAGAGCGAGCGAGCGAGCGCAGGGAAGAACGGACGACCGGCCAGGAUCUGCCCCGCGCGUAAAGUUGGGAAGGUGGCUCGGUUAGGGCUGGGAGCCCGGACGCCUGAGUCCCAGAGGGAGGGUCUCGGAGGGGCUUCUGCACAGCCAAGGAGGGGGGGCAUGUCCGGCAGGGGCGGCUGACCAUUGUAGGGGCCUCGGGGCAAAGACCGAAGCUGCAGGGGUUGAACCACAGCUGCUGCUGCUGCUGUUGCUGCUUCGCCUCUCUGGGUGCCCAACUGGGCCUGCCGACCCCUGGACCUUUUCUCCGAGGAAGGGAUCUGGUCUGGGAAGACCCUUUCAGGAGUCCUUGGCUUGGCGAGAGUCCGGCUGGUGCGUUUUUACGCGGAGGGUAGAAGCGCCGCGUCAGGUUCCCCCUUCUGCAAGGAGAACCCGGAGAGCUGGUGCGGCUUGCCGGAGCCGGAAGGAUGCUCUCUGCGCUUCCUCGCCGCCGGGUCCCCUUCCCUUCCAGCGCGCGGUCCUGCCGGGGGCAAGUGGCGCAGGGAUUCCCCACCGCCGAGUCGCCGAAGAACCCUGCAGUGCCCGAAAGGCUUGCACAGGCUUCCCCCAGACUUAAUAGUUGCUUCUCUCAGAUGCCGGGUGGGCCGUGUGUGUAUUAAAGUCAGAAAGAGCUAUGCACCGAGUCGGGUCCAUCUAGUUCAAUAUUGCCUACACACUUUGGCAGCGGCUCUCCAGGGUUUCACGCACGGAGAUGCCGGGGGAUUGAACCCACGACCUCCUGCAUGCCAAACAGGCGUCCAACCCUUGAGCUACAGCCCUUUUCCAGAGGUGCAUUCUUCCUCUCUGUAUUGGAAAGCUUAUGCCAAACAGACGAUCUAAAACAGAAUCACCCAGCCAGCCGUCUGGAAGAUUGUUAAAAUUGUUACCAGAGUGGCUUGCAGAGUUAGGAAAGGCUGGUGGAGUAACCAGGGUAAAAUAUAUCAGCUUGGCAGCCUGGCUUUGUCUAGUGCUUGGCGGAGCAGAAGAGGGGACGUUCCUACAGACGGGAAUGGGGUUUGCCAAAUCUGGAACCCUUAUCCCUUCCCACCAGGGAGGAAAAUUAUGGGCAGGUGGGUUCUUUCGACUUGAACCAAGGGCUGUUGGACCUGAGACAUGGCAUUGCCCGAGGCAUAAUGUGACACAGCAUCACACCUGUGGGUAUUUUACAGGGUGCCCAGACAGGUCCCUGCUCCAAGGAGACUGCAAUCUAUAAGUUUCCACAGCAGCGGGAGAUGCAGGCAGAAAGAGGGGUGGGAGAGGCAGGUGUGACUGGAACUAUAGACCCACAGAGGUGUACAUGGGGAUGGACAGAAAGGCGAGCAAAAGGUCAAUGGGCAUGUGCAGAGUGUUUGCGACCCGCAGCGAAGCAGCUGCAACGAACCCGCUUCCCCGCCACCUCUAGGAUGCUCCAUCAGAGGGCUACCCCUCAGACAGGUUUAUCUUUUGAGAAACCAAACAAGACACAGACUCUGUAAAUGGGGACUGGCCUAAAAAAAGAAAAAAGGAAAGAAAGUGUGUGUGAAAGAAUAGAGAGACAACAGGUUUCUGGCAGGCUGACAAUCGCCUCCUUCCAAUAACUCCGGGGGCCUGCCAGAUCCUGCAGGACUACACACACCCCUGGUCACUCCUGCUAGGUGGGGCUGGAGGGUGAAAGGUUGCCCCCCUCUGUUUUAAGGGAUAUUUGGGGUGGCCUUAUGAAGCCACUGUGUCUCCCUAAUCUGACCACUUCCCUCCACUGCUGUCUUAUUUGACCCUCUAUCCAUCACCCUUUCUCUCCCUUCUUACUGGGUGCGGCGGCAGUGGCAGUGCCACCAGAACUAAUAGCAUAGGGAGCAUCUCACAAGAGGGGCAAGCCCAUGGUUUGUGGAGGGCAGCAUGGGCAGAAGCUCAGCCCACUCAAGUGUCUUUAUAAGCAAAGGCUACACACUGAGAGCCAGUGUGGUGUUGUGGUUAGAGUGCUGGACUUGGACCUGGGAGAACAGGGUUCGAAUCCCCACUUGCACAGAGCUCGCUGGGUGUGACCUUGGGGGCCAGUUGCUGCCUCUCAGCCUAACCUACCUCACAGGGUUGUUGUGGGGAUUAAAGAGGACGGAGGCCCCCCUGAGCUCCUUGGAGGAAAAAGGUGGGGGAUAUAAAUGCAAGAGAAAUAAUGAGGUGUGGGGAAGAGAGAGCCAGGCAGGUAGGCAGUGGGGACUGUGUGGGUGGAUGGAGGAUGUAAUUAACAGGAAUUAGGAGGUGUGCGGGGGUGGGGAGUGCUGAGAUGAAGCAUAAACAGGGAGGUGAAAGAAGAAAGGGCAACGCAUCCUUUCUUCAGCACCCAGGAGACUGGCUCAGAUAAGUGGUCCAUCCAUCUCAGCAUCCCGUCUCCAAGGGCAACCAACCCAAGAUGAUGCAGAAGAGGCCACUGGGACGUCCCAGAGAAUGUACCUUCCUAUACAGUUUAAACUUCUGCUUUUGGUGUCUUUGGGCUUUAAAUUUUCUUGUCUCCCUUUUCCCUUCCUGCGUGCUCUCUUGAUUCCUCACACACCCCAAGAUUGAAUGUCCUGCCACUUUUUGUCCCAUCACAUCUUCUGCUCUUUCCCUGUGGAAUGAAGCCUUCCUCCUAACGGCCUGCAUUACCCAGCCUCUUCCCAUCUUGAAGUGGUGCCUGCAAACCCAUCUUUCUGAAAAAGUGGUCUAUAAUACCUAUAUGGAGGAGAAGGGGAAGAAAUGUCAAUGGCGGGGUCAGAAGGCCGCUAAAUAUGAGAGGUCCUGCCUGUGACCUUUCUGUGCAAAGCCCAAAUAAACACAAGUGGAAUGAGCCUUUGUUCGCAACAGCAGUCAGUGGCGACAAUGCCGUCUUUCUACCUUUGCUGAGCUCAUUCAACACUAGCGGGAAAGAAAACCUUACCUCUCAAACAAAUCUAUUUGAACUUUUUUAGUAUGUUGUUGCUCAGCAGCUUCCUUUGCAAAUAUUUUUGUUGUGAGUGAUGAAUCAUAGCAUCACAGAGCCUGAAGGGACCCGGAAGGAUCAUCUAGCCCGACUCCCUGCAAUGCAGGAAUAUGCAGCUGUCCCUUAUGGGAAUCGAACCUGUGACCUUGGUGCUAUCAGCGCCAUGUGAGCAGGGCUUGACCAAGGUUUGCUUUUUGAUAAUUUUAGCUGCCCUCAUGGACCUGGUACCAUCCAGAUAUUUUGGACUACAGCUUCUGGCACCGGCUGGGGCUGAUGAGAUUUGUAGUCCAAAACAUCUGGAGGGCGCCAGGUUGGUGGAAAAAAACAACAAUAUAAUGGUUAUCUGUGGGAACCCUGGCCCAUCAAACUCAUUCUCUCUUGGUGCGCGCUCUCUCUCUCUCUGUCUCUCUCUGUGUAUUCUCUCUUGGCUCUCUCUCUCUCUCUCUGUGUAGGGGGGCAUUUUAGCAAACUGGGUGGUGCUGUGGGUUAAACCACAGAGCCUUGGACUUGCCAAUCAGAAGGUCGGCAGUUUGAAUCCCCGCAACGGAGUGAGCUCCCGUUGCUCGGUCCCUGCUCCUGCCAACCUAGCAGUUCGAAAGCAUGUCAAAGUGCAAGUAGAUAAAUAGGUACUGCUCCGGCGGGAAGGUAAACGGCAUUUCCGUGUGCUGCUCUGGUUCGCCAGAAGCGGCUUAGUCCUGCUGGCCACAUGACCCGGAAGCUGUACGCCGGCUCCCUCGGCCAAUAAAGCGAGAUGAGCGCCGCAACCCCAGAGUUGGCCGUAACUGGACCUAAUGGUCAGGGUUCCCUUUACCUUUACCUUACUCCUGCCAGACUUUGCCUUUAUAAGACAAUCAAGCUGAGAAGGCUAAAUGACAAAAAAGAUGUGGCUGGGUGUGCCCCAAACUGAGUUUCCCCCCCUUUCCUUCCUCAGUUCAGACCAAGAGGUCUUUCAGUCAGAACUUUAUAUUGUUAGCACAUAAGAGCCAGGACUCAGAUGCAUGCGCAGGAUGCAGCCCACACAACAAAUUCCCAGUGCGAAAUGAAAACUAGAAAUAGGAGUAGAUAGGUGGGAAAGGGAAACAAACAUGGAAUCCUGUGUCCUUAAACACAGCCUACUGAGAUGUGUUUGGACCGUGCCAGACUAGGCUAUGCGCCUCAACAUUUGUGCACCUCAACAUUUGUGCACCCCCUGCCGUUUCCAUACCUAGCCAAUGAAGAUCUCCCCUUCCCAUUAUUAGAGGAGACACAAAUUACUCAAGGCUUAAAUCUUAGAAGCAGGGGUGCACCAUUUCUGAAAGAAGGAGAGAGAUUGGACCUCCAUCCUGCCUGUAAGUCAUACUGCUGGUUUUGGUAAAUGGGCAAGAAUUGGUAGAACUACCCGGUCUUGAGACAGAGACACUUUGCAUGUGCUCAGAGGCAUGCUGGCACAGGAAAUAGCUUCUGGGGCAGAACCCUUUCUCGGAUGUAAAUAUCAGACAGGAACAGUGCUGUUCUUGUGCAUGCAGUUUCAUGGGAUGCAAAGGCCUCCCAAAAGAGGCUUGCCUGGUGUCUACAUUGCACGGUUCGCAUUUUAAAUGGUCCAAGGCUUAGUCUUAUUUUUCAUCAUUGUGCUUGACUGCAUUACAUAGGAACAUUGAAAGCUGCCUUAGACAGAGUCAAGCCACUGGGCCCAUCUAGCUCAAUACUGUCUACACUGACUGGCAGUUGCUCUCCAGGCUUUUAGGCCAGAGUCUUCUCCUAUCUGGAGAAUGAACCUGGACCCUUCUGCAUCCAAAGCAGCUGCUCUCUCCCCGAGCAACGAUACAUAUGGAUCCUACACCACCCUGAAACCCAGUAGGACAAAUCUUUGAAUGAAUGGAUGAAAUCCGUGUUGUCACAUUUUAUUUGUGUAUUUUAUAUUGUCUUUGUAAAUGGGAGAAGGCAAACUUUUCCAUGGACGUAACUGCACCUUCAUCCUGAUGCCAAUGUUGCAGCAACUUAGCUUUGCCUAGCAGUGGAACCGCAAGAUCCAAGGGAGUACUCUUUGGAAAAGGGUACGAACCUGUGAAUCAUAGAACUGUAGAGUUGAAAGGGACCCCGAGGGUCAUCUAGUCCAACCCCCUGAAAUGCAGGAAUCUCCACUAAAGCAUUCAUGGCAGAUGGCCAUCCAACUUCUGCUUAAAAACCUCCAAGCAGAGUCCAAACCUCCCAAGGGAGACCGUUCCACAGUUGAACAUCUCUUAUUGUCAGAAAGUUUUCCCUGAUGUUUAGUCAAAAUCUCCUCUCGGGGGGGUGGGGAAUCAUCCUGUGUUGCAUUCUAAAUUGCAAGCUCCUUGGGGCAGGGACCUUCCUUCAUAUGUUUUGCACAACAAAGGUCUGUAUAGUUAAAGCCAUGGUUUCCCCAGUAGUGAUGUAUGGAAGUGAGAGCUGGACCAUCAAGAAGGCCGAUCGCCGAAGAAUUGAUGCUUUUGAAUUAUGGUGCUGGAGGAGACUCUUGAGAGUCCCAUGGACUGCAAGAAGAUCAAACCUAUCCAUUCUGAAGGAAAUCAGCCCUGAGUGCUCACUGGAAGGACAGAUCCUGAAGCUGAGGCUCCAAUACUUUGGCCACCUCAUGAGAAGAGAAGACUCCUGGAAAAGACCCUGAUGCUGGGAAAGAUGGAGGGCACAAGGAGAAGGGGACGACAGAGGACAAGAUGGUGGGACAGUGUUCUCGAAGCUACCAGCAUGAGUCUGACCGAACUGCGGGAGGCAGUGGAAGACAGGAGUGCCUGGCGUGCUCUGGUCCAGGGGGUCACAAAGAGUCGGACACAACUAAACGACAACAACAUCUCUUCCAAUUCUACUAUUCUUACGAUCCUCUGGACAGGCGGUCUGAACUGUGAGCAUCGCUCUGCUCCUGCCUGACUGCGAGCCACAAAAUCCAGCUACCUGGGCUGCCCGAACAGUCUCUGAUCCACCUUCCUACCCUCUCAGAAUGUAAUUUCCCUCUCUGCAUUUUGCUUUUGCUCUCCGAUCAUUCUAUGUGCCAAAUGCCAGCGUUUUCUCAUUCAUCUUCCUUACCAGUGCUACUGGCAAAAAACUCUGCGUCCUGUCCUUAGGUUUAAUUUCACCCUCCCUUCUCCCCCUCCUCGAUAUUGCAGCUCUGAUGGGAACUGCGGAGUUGGCAAAAAGCAACUUCUCUUCUCCCCCUCCUCCCCUCCUCUGAAGUGCGCAAAUUGACUCACUUGCUAGAUUUUGCGUCGCUGCAGAAACCCAAGUCUCCCUCGUGCCCUUGAAGCUCUGCUGGGUAUAUACUCUCUCAAACUGUCUCCACUGUGUGCAUACCUGACAGUGCAGUCCUAUAUACGUCCACUCAAAAGUUAAGCCCCACUGGCUCUCAGGUAAAUGGGUAUUAGACUGCACCCGCAAUGUUGCUUUCAGCUUUCUCUGCCCGUGCAAUGAAAUCUGGAUUCAUUUGCGGAGGAAGAAGAAGGUGUUUGGAUUUGAUAUCCCGCUUUAUCACUCCCCGAAGGAGUCCCAAAGCGGCUCACAUUCUCCUUUCCCUUCCUCCCCCACAACAAACACUCUGUGAGGUGAGUGGGGCUGAGAGACUUCAGAGAAGUGUGACUGGCCCAAGGUCACCCAGCAGCUGCAUGUGGAGGAGCGGAGACGCGAACCCGGUUCCCCAGAUUACGAGUCUACCGCUCUUAACCACUACACCACACUGGUGAUUCCUCUUAACUUGCAGUGGAUUGGGGCUCUUGGAAGCCCUUCUGCUUUCAUCCAGCAUCUCAGCUGUUUCCCAAGAGGUGCUCCAAGGAAGCCCCCAACUCCCUGGCUCCAUAAAUUUAAGACUUUCCCCAAAGAAUAAAGGGAAAUGUAGUUUGUUAAAGGGUGCUGGGAAUUAUAGCCCUGUGAGGGGUAAACCAUAGCUCCCACUAUCUAUCUAUCUGUAUCUAUCUAUCCAGUGGUACCUCGGAAGUGAAACGGAAUCCAUUCCAGAAGCCCGUUUGACUUCCAAAACAUUCAGAAACCAAAGCACGGCUUCUAAUUGACUGCAGGAACCUCCUGCAGCCAAUUGGAAGCCCCGCCAGAUGUUCAGGUUCCAAAUAACGUUCACAAACCGGAACACUCACGUCUCGGUUUGCGGCAUUCGGGAGCCAAAACAUUUGAUUCGCAAGGCGUUUGGGAUCUUGAGAUGUGUGGCACUUACGCAGCUACAAUCCCAGAGGCUCUCCUUCAACAAUUGUGUGUGCGUGUCUUCUAAAAGUCAGAUAGUUGUAUAUUUCCUUGACAUCUGACGGGAGGGCGUUCCACAGGGCGGGUGCCACUACCGAGAAGGCCCUCUGCCUGGUUCCCUGUAACCUCACUUCUUGCAGGGAGGGAAUCGCCAGAAGGCCCUCAGAGCUGGACCUCAGUGUCCGGGCAGAACGAUGGGGGUGGAGACGCUCCUUCAGGUAUCCUGGGCCUUUGAGGCCGUUUAGGGCUUUAAAGGUCAGCACCAACCCUUUGAAUUGUGCUUGGAAAUUGGGAGCCGAUGUAGAUAUUUUAGGACCUGUGUUAUGUGGUCACAGUGGCCGUCCACAAUCUCCCUUAAUAUCUCCCUCUGCUCUGCUCUCUUGCCAUCCCGCCAGGAUCCUGCUGACAGUGGUGGUGAUCUUCCGCAUUCUGAUUGUGGCCAUCGUGGGAGAGACGGUUUACGAGGACGAGCAGACGAUGUUCAUGUGCAAUACCCUGCAGCCCGGGUGCAACCAGGCCUGCUACGACAAGGCCUUCCCCAUCUCCCACAUCCGCUACUGGGUGUUCCAGAUCAUCCUGGUCUGCACGCCCAGCCUCUGCUUCAUCACCUACUCAGUGCACCAGUCGGCCAAGCAGAGGGACCGCCGCUACUCCUUCCUCUACCCGCUGCUGGAGAAGGACGGCCGGAAGGUGAAGAACGUCAACGGCAUCCUGGUGCAGAACCCGGACGGCUCCUCCAAGGAGGAGCCCGACUGCCUGGAGGUGAAGGAGAUCCCCAGCGCCCCCAUGCGGCCCCCCAAGAGCUCCAAGGUCAAGCGACAGGAAGGCAUCUCCCGCUUCUACAUCAUCCAGGUCAGUUGGGGCGCUAGAGGGCCCCCCUUUGCUUGCUGCACUCCCAACUCCUCCCUAAGAUGGGGGGGGGCGGGGACUCGCUCAACAGCUCGCGAAAAGGCCGAGAGGUUGCAGGGAGGAGUCGUGCAUGAGCCCGUCAUGUGGUGCGGCGGCAAGUGAGGCCAAUGCUAUUCUAGGUUGUUGCAUCAUAGCCCCGCACAAUCUGGCAAAAUGAGCCCAGCCGUCUAUCCCCUUAGAUGGCAGGCAGAAUUCUGUGUGCCACCCCAUGCCCCCUGCGCCAGUCUAGUGCAAUAGCAGAGACGGCCCCCGGCGUUAAAACAAUAUCCACCUGCUUUAUCACAUACACAGCCCAACAAGACAAUGACAAUAAUCCACCAACAGCAUACAAAUCAAUAUGGCUAACCUGAUCCAAAACACCCACCCAUCUCACUCACACACGAAAACAAAGAUCACCACAGCCAAUCACACCCUAGGCCAACCCCAACCUCUCUCACCACCAAAGGAACACAAGUAACGCUGACACCAAACUCUACAUACAUUAAGCAUAAUAGAAACAUCGCCACCCGACCCCACCCCCAUCCAUCUUCCCUCCCUCCACCCCCCUUUCUUUUUCCUUUCUUUCUUUCUUUUUUCUUCUCCCCCUAAUGCCUCAACAAAUGAAAUGGAUUUGUAAAAAUGUUACAUGGAAAAAAAAUACGAGGCAUUACACUUACUUCUGUAAAACAAGAAAAUCCUUAAUAAAAAUAUUUUAAAAAACAAAAACAAAAAACAAUAUCCACCUGUCAAGGUGUGCAUAGGCCUGGAGAUGGGCACCAUCUUGUCCUUUGGGCACAACCCGCCAGGGUAGCUCAGUUGGUUAGAGCGUGGUGCCGAUAACACUGAGGUCGCAGGUUCGAUCCCCGUAAGGGACAGCGUUGCAGGGGGUUGGACUGGAUGAUCUUUGAGGGCCCUUCCAACUCGAUGAUUCGACGAUCACUGCUUUGAGGUGCAUUCAUUCCCCCCACUCCCGGCUGGGUGUUGCGUGGCUGUAGCCUUGGCAAAGACUGGAGCAUUCUGGCAGACAGAACGACAUGGGCUGUGUGUGCUGGUCCUGGGGCUAACUGAGAGGCAAUGUCCGAGUCCAGUCCGAGGUCAAUGGUGCGGUGUGGAGGCUGUCCAUCAAAGAUGUAGCUGGGUCCAAGGCGGGGAGUCUGGCAGAAGAGCAGGACAGGGUGCAGGCAGGAACUAGCAACCAACAACGUUGCUCCCACAACCUGGGACUGGGGCUGACUGGCUUUUAUCUGCCCCGAGGCAUAGGGUGGCCCCGGUCCACAGGUGACUCGCCUCUCCUGGCCUGGAGGCGAGCACUCCUCCUGCAGGAACUUAGUUCCCUCCGCCUCUCUGCCCUGAGCCUCUGCAGCUCAGGAGAGGCUGGAGGGUUACCGGACCCAGAGGCAACCUCAGCUUCCUCUGAUGGGGCUGAGAGUGGAGCACCUGCAGGCAAUGGGUCCUCCAUCACCUCAGGAGCCAGAACAGACUCAGCUGGUGCCUGCACCUGAGGAUACCGCACAGGUGAGGACCCUUCAGGCUCACGCCCCAGCCCCGGCUCAGCUGGUUCUGGAGGUGGGGAAUCCUGUGCAGGCUGGGAUUCCUCAGGUUCAGCCUCUGAGUCCGAAAUCCCAGGCCAUCACACUGUGGCCUGUUUGGUCCAACGUCCUGUUCUUGCAGCGGCCAGCCAGAUGCAACAGCAGCUCUCCCCUCCCGUGGUCCCCAGCUGUUCAGAGACAUUGCCGCCUCUGGCUGCGAGGGCAGAACUGAGGGCCACUGGUAGCCCUCUCCUCCAUUAAUUUGUCUGGUCCUCUUUUGGAGCCACCCGGGUUGGUGGCCAUCGCUGCCUCUGGUGGCAAUGAGUUCCAUAGUUUAACUAUGCUCCACAUGAAGAAGUGCUUUCUGAUGGUAGAACUGUCUGACGGUUAGAGCUGUUUGACAGUGGAACAGACACCCUCGGAAGGUGGCAGACUCGGCUUCGCGUAGGUUUCUAAACAGAGGCUGGCGGCUAUCCAUUAGGAAAUAUUUAGCUGCGAUUCCUGCAUUUCAGGGGGUGGGACUAGAUGACCCUGGUCUUUCCUAGCAGCUCUACAAUUCUAUGAGAAGACAGGCUUUGAGGCAUGUGGGCAAACUGCCUGGCUCCAACUUUAGGCGGAAGAUAAUAGUAAUUUGGGACGUGGGUGGCGCUGUGGGUUAAAUCACAGAGCCUAGGACUUGCCGAUCAGAAGGUUGGUGGUUCGAAUCCCUGUGACAGGGUGAGCUCCCGUUGCUCGGUCCCUGCUCCUGCCAACCUAGCUGUUCGAAAGCACGUCAAAGUGCAAGUAGAUAAAUAGGUACCACUCCAGCGGGAAGGUAAACGGCAUUUCUGUGUGCUGCUCUGCUUCGCCAGAAGUGACUUAGUCAUGCUGACCACAUGACCCGGAAGUUGUACGCUGUCUCCCUCAGCCAAUUAAGCGAGAUGAGCGCCGCAACCCCAGAGUCGGCCAUGACCGGACCUAAUGGUCAGGGGUCCCUUUACCUUUAAUAGUAAUUUAAUAAUUGUAAUAUUUAUACCCCGCCUAUCUGGCUGGGUGUGAUGAGCAGGAUUUCUAAUUGUCCAAGGGUGAGCCAGGGAUUGGUGGACAAAGGGGUUUGCCCCCCUUCCUUGGAAACAGCAGAAAUAUAUAUAGCCUUAUGCAAAAGGUACAAGAAGAGAGGGAAACUUCAGCAUUCGGGUUGCAGAACGCAGAUCCUUUUCCUAAGCGCAGAGAAUGUGCAGCCCAGACUCUAAGCGUCGUCCUGAUCUUCCUUCCCAGCAGCCUACGCGAGAGAAAAGGGCACGAGGGUCUGGCGGCAACAUGGUGACCAUCUGUUUUAUUUAUAGACGCGCGGGGCGAGAACGAGCGUAGAAGGGAGGCAGUGUUGGCAGCAGGCAGGAGUGGCGCUGAGGCUUCAGGCUGUGCCAGCACCACCUGGAGAAAUCCAACCAUCUCUGAGCACCACAAGACACAUCUUCCAUGUGUCUUUCCAGUGCCCCAGACAGCUCCCAUGCUGUCCGGCUCCGGUGGGGCCUGUCAAUGGCCAGUUUGGAUUCUCCGGGAUGGGGGUGGGGGGGUCUUGUUAGCAGCAAGGAUAGAGCUAAGAGUAGGCACUCACACCGCAUGAUUCAGGCGGAUUCAGCCAGGGUGCGGUUUCAGCCUGCAGCCCAAUUGGGUGGAAGCAGCCUCAAAUCUCUGAGUUGGGCUGCCAGGGGGUGGGGUGCCCAGUAGGGAAUGUACCAGUGCAGUGGUUCCCAAGCUUUUUUUGUGGAGGGGGGCCCUGCCACCCGCUUGGUUCCAUAACCUCAUCUCCCAUGCCCCCUGCCCUAUAAAAAGCACCAUUAAUGACAGCGGUUUGCACAACUCACUAAGGAACACAAUAACACAAUGAAAUUCAAAACGGCAACGGUCAGUUGUCCAUUUAUUCAGAAUCCAAUUACCGUAUUUUUCGCUCUAUAACACGCACCCGACCAUAACAUGCACGUAGUUUUUAGAGGAGGAAAAUCCGUAGGCAUGCCACCCGUAGGCAUUUCCUCCAUAACACGCACAGACAUUUCCCCUUACUUUCUAGGAGGAAAAAAGUGAGUGUUAUGGUGCAAAAAAUACGGUAGAUUGAGUCUAAUUAAUCAACUCAACAAAACUGAUGAACUUGAUGCGGCGAUACCAGCUUUUCAAACUGGGAUUGCCAUUUAGCGACCUCGGUCCUGUAUACCUGAAGGAGCGUCUCCACCCCCAUCGUUCUGUCCGGACACUGAGGUCCAGCGCCGAGGGCCUUCUGGUGGUUCCCUCCCUGUGAGAAGGGAGGUUACAGGGGACCAGGCAGAGGGCCUUCUUGGUAGUGGUGCCUGCCCUCUGGAACGCCCUCCCGUCAGACGUCAAGGAAAUAAGCAGCUAUCCUAUUAUUAAAAGACAUCUGAAGGCAGCCCUGUUUAGGGAAGUUUUUUAUAUUUAAUGCUGUAUUGUUUUUAACACUCAAUUGGGAGCCGCCCAGAGUGGCUGGGGAAACUCAGCCAGGUGAACGGGGUAUAAAUAUUAUUAUUAUUAUUAUUAUUAUUAUUAUUAUUAUUAUUAUUACAAUUAUUAUUAGCGUCCCGCAAGUGCCUUCCCUGCUGGGAGCAAGAAAGGUGAUACAGUGCCCCCAAUUGUCUUUUAAAUUAGAGUCUAAAAACCAGAGUUUCUCAAAUUUGGGUCUCCCGCUGUUUUUGGACUAUAAUUCCCAUAAUCCCUAGCUAGCAGGACCAGAGAGGUCCAGGAUGAUGGGAACUGUAGUUUGAAAACAGGAGGACACCCCAUGUUUGAGAAACUCUGGUUUUUAAAGUAAAGAUUAGCCCCGCCCCACAUUGAUUUGGGGCUGGAUCUGUGUCGGGCGUCCUCUGGAUUUGGGGCAGGUGUGUGGGGAGAGGGUCCCCCCAUUGCACACAGCCAGGCAGAUAUAUUAAAAGAAGGCAGCGGAGAAGACCAAGUCAAAGUCAGAAGCGGAAAACAGGGACGCUGCAGGACCAAGGACAGCUCCAGCUGAAGCUGCUGGUUCAUUCAAUAAUCCAAAUUCUGCUAAUGGGCUUAAAAGGACAUCUGUUUUCAUUUUAGGGCAAUGGGCCCCCAACCCUGCUCUGUGCCCUCUAGGGCUCUGUUUCUCAAACUCAGAUCUCCAGUUGUUGUUGGGCUACAACCCCCAUCAUCCAACAGAUGGUUCACAACUGAGCCUGGGACCCUAGCUGUACUGAUUCCACCUGGUGACACCUGUAUGCGGUUCAGGCCUCCUAAAUUUCAUUGGGGCCGAGGUCUGCCCUUGAAUGCCCCCCCCCCUUGCAUGAAGCUGUUGGGCUUAAUCCUCUUCAGACUAGGGUUUGCCUGAACUUUUGGGGGAAGCAGCAUGGAAGAUCUGCUCUCUGGUGUAGGCUUCUUAGUCACCUCCCUUCCAGCUCGCAGCCACCCAACUUGCCUGACUUGCUUUUUCUCCCUCCCUCGUUCCGCCUCUCACUCUUUAUUCACUGUAGUUUGAACAAAGGAGCUAACACCUUCCACCAAACAUGAGGCAGCAGAUGAGUGCAAAAAAGUAAAAAGCCAAACAGUGGGGACCCCGGCAGCAAUUGAGGAACAAUAUUGCUGAUUGAUGAUGCAAAGUUAUCACAUGGCUGAAAGCCAAGCUCUUGCAGGUCCUUGCUGGGGGAGCAGCCUUGCCUUGUUGCUCUCACAAAGAAAGACACUUGGUAUGGAAAAUUCAAGAAGUAGUGCAUAUUUGGGUAGGGAAGGGUUCUCCAGGUCUAGCUAACUACUAAGCUGAAGAUCCAAGGGCGCCAUGGUCGCUCCUUGGCUCUCAGCACAUAUAGAUCCCAAGGCUGAUCUCUCCCAAGGGGACCUGGAGGAGACAGAAAGCUAAGAUCGCAGGAAAGGUCAGCACAGUUACCCCAGGACAAGUUUGGAGGUUCCUUACUCUGUCUGCUUCGGGCCCCUGCUGAUUUGCAUCGAGCAAUUACAGUGGUACCUCGGGUUACAUAUGCUUCAGGUUACACACUCCGCUAACCCAGAAAUAGUGCUUCAGGUUAAGAACUUUGCUUCAGGAUAAGAACAGAAAUCGGGCUCUGGCGGCGGCAGGCAGGAGGCCCCAUUAGCUAAAGUGGUGCUUCAGGUUAAGAACAGUUUCAGGUUAAGAACGGACCUCCGGAACGAAUUAAGUACUUAACCCGAGGUACCACUGUACAAGCCACUGAGUCAUUAUUAACAAAAAAACGAGUGCGAGGAUAAUCGCCAAAGGGCCUACAGUGGUACCUCGGGUUACAUACGCUUCAGGUUACAGACUCCGCUAACUCAGAAAUAUUACCUCGGGUUAAAAACUUUGCUUCAGGAUGAGAACAGAAAUCGUGCAGCAGUGGCGCACGGCAGCAGCAGCAGGAGGCCCCAUUAGCUAAAGUGGUGCUUCAGGUUAAGAACGGACCUCUGGAACAAAUUAAGUACUUAACCCGAGGUACCACUGUAUAGAGGAAAGAGAACCUGUGGCUCCCCGGAUGUUGCUGGGCCUCCAGUUCCCAUCGUCCUCUGCCAGGGCAGCCAGUGGUGAGGGAUGAUGGGAGUUGUAGUUCAGUAGCAUCUGGAGGUAGAGGCUGCUCUCUGCCAACCCCUGACCCUGUUCCCCUCCCGCUGCUUUAGGUGGUUUUCCGCAAUGCCUUGGAGAUUGGCUUCCUGGCGGGACAGUACUUCUUGUACGGCUUCAACGUGCCGGCCAUUUUCGAGUGCGACCGCUACCCGUGCGUCAAGGAGGUGGAGUGCUACGUGUCGCGGCCCACGGAGAAGACCGUCUUCCUCGUCUUCAUGUUUGCCGUGAGCGGGAUCUGCGUCCUCCUCAACCUGGCUGAGCUCAACCACCUCGGCUGGCGCAAGAUCAAGACCGCCAUCCGAGGGGUACAGGCCAGGCGGAAAUCCAUCUGCGAGGUGCGGAAGAAGGACCUCUCCUCGCUGGCCCAAGUGCCUACACUCGGACGGACGCAGUCGAGCGAGUCCGCCUACGUCUGAGCGCUCCCGAUCCGGUUCGGUUGGGGCGGGGAUCGGGGCCUCGGCGGGCCUGACGUCGCCAACGCAGCAAGGAGAAUGCUGGCCUGACCACAAUACCUCCCAGGUUAACCAUGCAAUAUUCAGUGGGUGCUUUCAAAAACAAAACACCCUCCUCGCUUUCAGAGGACGGGGCCUCACGUUCGCUUUAAGGGCUGAUUGGGGAAACCCAGCCCCUCAGGAGCCAUGGGGCAGGAGCAAGGGGGAGGGAAACGGAGGAAGAGGCUUACUGCCCCUUCCUCCUAUGCGCCGGCUCCCGUCGAAUAUUUUCUCUUCUCUACACUUAACUAAUGGUGCAAGCAAAACGGUGCGGUUUGCGGAAACUUGUGCCUACGACUCCUUUUUACGGACUGGUGAUGAAAAACGCAUGAAUCGGCGGUGGGUGGGGGAGGCUUGUGGGGGGGACGUUGCUUGCGUGUGUGUAUUUUUUAAAGGAAGCAACAACAGAAAGACAGAGAGAGGGGCUUUCCCCUCAUGCACGACCGGAUCUCUCUCUCUCUCAUCUGCCGUGAUGUAAAUAGUGAACGAGCAAAUGUGAUUUUAUAUAAAAAAGAUAAGGUAUGCAAUAAAAAGAACCCCAUUUUCUUCAU